ACCCGGAAGGGAAAGAAAACACUCCAACGUAGCUGUGCCUCAGCUGAUUCUUGUCAAUAAUACAUUGGAUCGCUGAAGAAUUAGACUGAAUAUAAAGCUUCUCAUUUACCCCCUCCUGGCUUGUGGGAUCUUGGGUGGUCUUUCAAGUUUAAAGAAAGCUCAGAAUCUACUUGUUCGAAAAUGAACGUCACCCUCGCUGUCAAACAGUAUGUCUCAAAAAUGAUUGAGAGCAGCGGGCCAGGCAUGAAGGUCCUGCUAAUGGAUAAGGAGACGACCAGCAUCGUCAGUGUGGUGUACACACAGUCAGAGAUCUUGCAGAAGGAGGUCUAUCUUUUUGAACGCAUUGAUUCACAGAAUCGAGACAGCAUGAAGCACCUCAAGGCAAUUUGCUUCCUUCGACCAACCAAGGAGAAUGUGGAACAUCUGAUUCAAGAACUGCGUCGGCCAAAAUACAGUGUCUACUUCAUCUACUUCAGUAACGUCAUCAGUAAGAGCGAGGUGAAAGCCCUUGCGGAGGCCGAUGAACAGGAAGUGGUGGCAGAGAUGCAGGAGUUUUAUGGGGACUUCAUUGCUGUGAACCCACACGUGUUCUCUCUUAACCUCACUGGAGUAGCCAGAGGUCGCAGCUGGGAGCCUAGUCUGCUCACUCGUACCACCCAGGGACUGACCUCAGUGUUGUUGGCCCUGAAGAAAUGUCCCAUGAUCCGCUACCAGCUCUCCUCAGACAUGGCCAAGAGGCUUGCAGAGUCUGUCAAGCAAAUUAUUACCAAGGAGUACGAGCUGUUUGACUUCAGAAAGACAGAAGUCCCUCCACUUCUGCUCAUCCUGGACCGGAGCGAUGAUGCCAUCACCCCUCUCCUCAACCAGUGGACAUAUCAGGCCAUGGUGCAUGAGCUUCUGGGCUUGAACAACAACCGCAUAGACCUAUCCAGAGUACCAGGCAUCAGCAAAGACCUGCGAGAGGUUGUGCUCUCGGCGGAAAAUGAUGAGUUCUAUGCUAAUAAUUUGUACUUGAACUUUGGUGAGAUUGGAACCAACAUAAAGAACCUGAUGGAGGACUUCCAGAAGAAGAAGCCCAAAGGCCAGCAGAAGCUGGAGUCCAUCACCGACAUGAAGGCCUUCGUAGAGAACUACCCUCAGUUUAAGAAGAUGUCGGGCACCGUGUCCAAGCACGUGACGGUGGUGGGGGAGCUGUCGCGGCUGGUGAGCGACCGCUGCCUGAUGGAGGUGUCCGAGGUGGAGCAGGAGCUGGCCUGCCAGAAUGACCACAGCAACGCUCAACAGAUGUUGCGGCGCCUGCUGCAGCACCCACGGGUGGUCGAUCUGGAUGCGGUGCGGCUGGUCAUGCUCUACGCCCUGCGCUACGAGAAGCACAGCAACAGCAUCCUGCCCUCGCUGAUGGACGACCUGCAGCGCAAGGGGGUGCCGGAGCGACACCGCAAGAUGGUUCAGUCCAUGGUGGAGUACGGAGGCAAGCGAGUGAGAGGAACUGACCUCAUCACCCCCACAGAUGCUGUAGCCAUCACUAAGCAGUUCUUCAAAGGGCUCAAGGGAGUUGAGAAUGUGUACACUCAGCACCAGCCCUUGCUGCAUGACACUCUGGACCAGCUGAUUAAAGGUCGCCUGAAGGACAGCCAGUUCCCCUACCUGGGGCCCAGCUCUCUCAGGGACAGACCACAGGACAUCAUCGUGUUCGUCAUCGGUGGAGCCACUUACGAGGAGGCCCUGACCGUUUAUAACCUGAACCGCACCAUGCCUGGCGUCCGCAUCGUGCUGGGAGGCACCACCAUCCACAACACCACCAGCUUCAUGGAGGAGGUGAGGUCGACAACCAGUGGUGGACAAGGUGGACACUCGCAAGGAAUGGGUCGUCCUCCGAACCGACGUUGAGACACACACACACACACACACAUUCAUUUGAGAGCAUAAUCCUUUCACUCUUAGACAUUCCUCUCAGACAUGGGCCCUCUGAUAUGUACUUCUAGGUAUGAACUUCUGCUCAAACUCAAUACUCCUCCAACAUUGCCUGAAAAUGUCUUAUAUUAGUUUGAGUCAAGUGAAAUGGACCCUCCUCCAUUUUAAAAAACCUGAAACAUAACAAAGUAAUCCAACUAUCCACCACCAUAUCACUUUUACUGUUACUGUUCAAGUACUUUCCCCUACUCCACCACUCACAUCAUGAAGAUUUUCAUCUCAAAACAAACACUGCUGUCGUUAUGAUACUAACUUAAAGGCAAAUCUGACGCUUUCACAAGGUCAUGGCAGAUAAGGCAGAGGCUGCCCUUUAUGACAUGGCUUAGACUGCCCUUUAUGACAUGGCUUAGACUGCUUUCAUUUUUUAUUUAUUUCUUUUGUCUUUUAUCAGUACAAAAAGCAUGCAAAUGGUGACCAGUGAUUCUCAUGCUAGUCCGCGGAAGGAGGCCAUCUUAACUGGAUAAUGGAUGCACUACAGUUGAUCUAAUUGGAGUCCAUUUUAAACAACUCCUGCAGUUUGGGCCCCAUGUACAUUUUUUUGUUUUCCUCUUGAGGAUGUGUGUACAUUUCUGUGUAUACAUUUUUAUUAAUGCCUUUGUACAGUUGACCAUGCGGUGAUGUUAAAAAUUCUCUUGCAGGAAAUAAAUCCCUUGACUACUGUGAA